AUGAUUUGCUACAUUCCAUAUAAAUUGGGUAUAGACGUUCCAGGAGUUCCUUUUUACCUUAGAAGAGAUCCACUUAAAGAUUGAGAAAGCAGCUCUCACCAAUCUGCACAUGCAAAACCAAAUGUUGAUACAUUACUAUUCCAUACAUAGAUUAGUAAAAUUGGAUCCUCAAACCGCAAGAGAAAUCUAAAGGAUAUCACAAAAACAAAAAAAAAAAAAUGUAAUAUCUGUAAAAUCAAAUCAAAUUGCAGGUUAAGAGAAGAGAUACACGGAAUCAGACUAACCGAGGAGCUAAUAGAAACGCGUCAGCUCAAGAAUUUCGAAAAUGGGUCACGAGAUCCCACUGAAAUUCGAGAGAAAACAGUCGGAAAAAGCCGGCAUGUGAGGCCGAUUAAGAAGAAGAUGUACGCUAGGGCAAGGGAGAGUGAAAGCGAAAUGGAGGAGAGAGCAAGUGAGGAGGAUUAAGUGAGGAUGCGAGAGGGUUUUAUAUAAGUAAUGUAAGCGAAGAAUGAGACUAAUUUAUAACUUAAGUAUCGAUUAGUGCGUUAAUCAGAUUUCAUUAGAUUAUAUAAUUUGAAUUGGGGACAUGUGCGUGCGGGCUUCCAUUUCUCGCAUAGAGCCGCUGUUGAAGCCGCUCAUGCGAAAAUACUAGUUUUAAACAAAAUUAACUCUUCCUACCAACAUUAGUUCUUUCUGUUUUUUUUUGCCGGUAAUUAACUCUUGUUCUCUAUGCAAUGAAUUGAGUUUGUUAUUUUUGUUGAAUACUAAGUUUAGUUGUCAUAAAGUGAAAAUACUCUUUUUUUAAAU